AUGUAUGAUAUCCUCUACUUCUCUGGAGACCCAAUAUUCGUGAAGUAUAUAAACAAACAAUUGUUGUUUAGAGUGAACAUACCAGAUUUUGUAACAGUCAUACCUAAAGAAUGUUUUAAAGGGUGUGUUCAUCUCCAGGAUGUGAAAAUCCCAAAUACACUUUUAAUCAUUGAAUCAAAAGCAUUUGCAAGAUGUAUUCGACUCAAACCAAUCACCAUCCCUCAAAGUGUGACAUCAAUCGCAACCGACGCAUUUGAAGGUUGCAAACCAAAUGCAUUUAAUGGAUUAAAUCAGAUGCAAUUUGAAUCGAUGUUAAAUGAACUUAACGUCGACAAUUCCGUCACACAAAUGAUGUUAAAAGAUUAUUCAAAUUACAAGAACAUCGAAUGUCUCGAGAUACCAAUAACUACACAAGAAAUAGAGCCCGAAAUAUUUCAGACAUUCAAACACUUAAAAUUUGUCAAAUGCGCACCAAUGUGGUUUCAGUUCAUGACAAAUUUAAAGAUAGAAGUUGCAUUAAUUCCGAACGGAAUAGAAGAAAUAUCCAAAGGAGAACUGUUUGGAAUGGAUUCGUUAUCAUUUUUGUCUAUACCGGACAGCGUCGAUGUUAUCCAGCCUGGGGCUUUAGCAUGUUGCGCACAACUGAGAAAUGUGAAGUGCAGUUUAAAACACUUUCAAUAUUUUGAUCCAAGAAAUAUAAAAAUGUUGAUACUUAACAAUGAAGUUAAAGAGUUGUACCAUCUCAAUUUUGGACUAGUCAAUUUAGAAAAGUUGGUCAUACCAGAAACGACUAAAAUAAUGGACAAAACAAUAUUCGUGGACUGCAAAAAGCUUGUGAAUGUCAAUAGAAAGGAUGCUAAACAAAUAUUGAAUAACAAAGUGAGUAUCAAAGAUGGUACAAAAACCAUUUACAAAAAAGACUUUGAAGGGUGGACUAACAUCAAACGUCUUGAAAUUCCAAUUUCAGUUACAACUAUUGAACCAAACACUUUUAACAAUUGUCUGUUACUCAAACAUUUGAAAUGUGAAAUUAAGUGGUUUAAUAUACUGCCAACCAACAAAGUUAAAACUCUUUUUAUCAUUGGUCACAUCACACAACUUUGUGGAAACUUAUUUGAACAAUUUUACAAUCUGCGGAUACUCUUUUUACCAGACAGCGUCGUUGGCAUUGACCCAACUGUGUUGGACUGUUGUGGGUUCCUAAAAAUAUUACGAUGCAAUCCCCUUGCAUGCCGCAAUCUGUCUCAAAAGACCAAGAAACGAAUAAACCCUACAAAACAAAGAGAAUACAUCCAACCCAAUUACAACUUCGAACAAGUAAAAUUGCCUCAAAACUCUCCAAUACCAAAUAGAGAGUAUAUACCUACAGGAACUCCAAAAGUUGUAAGAGAGAGCCCAAUUAAUAAAUCAAAAGACAAACCAAACCCUGAACCUGUUAAAAAAGCAAGUGUUCAAAAUGUUAAUAACACUCGAGAAAAACAGAAUGUUUAUGUGACACAGAACAUAAGAGAAACAACUGUGGAUGAUUUGGUCAGGUUUGAUCGUGGCAACGCAAAAUAUGCAGAAUUGGUCAGAAUGAUAUUACACGUCACAGUCAAUGGUGGAAUAAAUAUUGCAUUCUCUCCUCUAACAAGUUCAGUUGGUGAAAUUGCCAAGGUCUGUGGAGCUGUUUGUAGACACAUUUAUCUUUCAGACAAAAUUGCAUUAAAGAAUGGAUACCACAUUGUCCCACGUCCUGUUCAAGUCUUAUCUAUUCUUCGUCUUGCUGAUGAAAUAUUGAACCGCAAAGGUGCAAUUGGUGAGAUCAAAACAGGUGAAGGAAAGUCAUUUAUCAUUACAACACUGAGUAUUGUUUUAGUGAAGUUUAAACGUCAAGUGGACAUUGUCACAUCUAAUUUGGAGUUGGCAAGAAGAGACCAAGAUGAACAGAAAAUGUACUUUGAUCUUUUUGGGUUGAGCAGUGGAGUACUUUUCAACACAAAAAGUGACAAGGAAUUUAUGACAAACAACACUUUUGUUGUAAAUGAAGACAACAAAGACACACUGGAGUCAUUUAAUUGUCGAGUAUUUGAUUGUAACAUUGUAUACUCAACAAACUCCAAUUUUGAAUUUGUGCAUUUGCAUUCGUUAUUUAAAGCAACUCCACUAAGACAUCGACCUUAUGAUGUUGUCAUUGUCGAUGAAGUUGACAAUAUGUUAUUAGAUGAGUCAAUGUCUCCUGCAAUUAUCGCAAAAGACAUCAAAUUGGCAUUUUCAAGUGAUGUACUCAAGAUAGUGUUUAUCUUGCGCAACUGUCCAGUUCCUGAAAUAGUUAAAGUGUUGAAAUACUACUUCCCAAAGUGUGGUAAUUUCGAUGAUGAUGAAGUUGAUCUACUCAGACAUGCCGCUAAGACUGCUGGAAUGAAUAUCAAAAACACAGAUUACAUUAUAGAAGAUGGAGAAAUAGUCAUAAUUGACUCGAACACUGGCUUCAAGAAAAAGGGGAGCAGAUGGAACAAUUACAUCCAUGAAAUGGUUGAGAUAAAGGAAGGAUUGACUCCAAAAAGUCCAUCAGUUUCUAUAAGCCAAAUUACACAACACGGAUACUUUAAUUUGUAUCACAAUAUCGGAGGAGUGACUGGAACAAUAGGUAGUGCUGAUGAUGAACAGAUGUUAAGUCGAGAAUAUGGUGUCAAUAUUUUUAAAGUACCACGUCACUUUAGUUCACAGAAAAAUGUGAUUAUAGUUCAACGACCAAAUUCACUUGUACAAAUUUAUGUAAAGAUAUACAAAGAAAUUAUAAAUGAAACAAGACGAGGAAAACCAGUACUUGUUAUCAUGGAUUCUAUUAAUAGAGUUAACGAGUUUGUAGAGAAAAUAUACAAAGAAUCAAGUGUAAUAACUGCAGUGAAUCCACCAGCAGAUAGAGUAUCUAUAACACAAGCAGGAGAGUCAAGAAGAGUCACAAUAGCAACUUCCGCAGCCGGGAGAGGGGUUGACAUCAAACUUUCAAAGCAGUCUUUAUCAUCGGGCGGUCUUCAUGUAAUUAUUCCUUUUCAAAUGGCAAACCAGAGAGCAUUAGAACAAGCUGCUGGGAGAUCUGGAAGACAGGGGCAGCCUGGAACCGUCACCAUAUACCGUUCGGACAAAGAUUUGUUUUACAAGACUCCCGAAUUUGAAGUUGGCAAUGACAACUUGGCCAAACUUGAAUUGUAUUUCUCUGAAUAUCUCAGAACAAAUUUCAGAUGGAUUUAUAAUGGAAAGGGGAAAUAUGGGUUGGGAGAUAACAUGUUUCCAUUUGGUGUGACGGUCUCAAUUGUUUUAGAUAUCUUUGCGAAUCGACUCUCGAAAAUUCAAAACCCCGAAGAGUUCCAGGACAUCGUUUUGGAGAUGGUCCAAACGGCUUGGGGCGUCUUUUUCAGUCGACUUGAGAAGUCCAUUAAGAAGUGUUCAGACAUGGCUUUUUGUCAAUCAGAGUACAACAGCUUUCUUCAUGAACUGAGUGCAUGGCUCCCUCUUCAGAGUACAGAUCUUGUGAAAGCCCAGACCCACAUUUUCGGCGAGUCAGUUAAAAGAAUAGAUUGGGGUGAAAUUGCAAUCAUUGGAGGUAUCACAAUCGCAUCAAUUGGAAUUUCAGUCUUCUUCCCACCAGCAGCGCCUUAUGUUCUUGUUGGAGCUGGUGUAAUGCUUGAAGGAGGGUUGGAAGUGUAUCAACAACUAAAAAAUGGAGAUGACAUCAAUUGGACUGCAGUACUUAUUAAGUCUGGUGCUGGUGCUAUUAAAGGGGCAAUUGCAACAAGUGGACUUGGCACAGUAUACUCAGGACUUGCGAUUGGAGGCACAGGAGCUCUCGAGAAUUUAUUAUACUCAGCGGCUACGGGAGAUAUCAACAAAGAUACAAUAAGUGACUCACUGAUUGGAGGAGGGCUCGAGGGACUUACUUCUGGAGCACAAGAAUGGCUGGGUGGUAAACUGUUCCCAGAAUCAGUGGGUGGUGGAUUGGCUCGAAAAUUUAAAAGUAAAUUUGCUCAAGCGGAAAUCGACGAUUUAUUAUCGAAGAUAUCAGACAGUAUUGAAGAUAAGUUGACGAACAAAAAGGAUUGGGAUUCUAAGUGA